AUGAGAAGAGUAGCAAAUCAUCAGCACAAAUGCAGGCUUCAUAUUGCUCCAUCGUUGUGGAUGGAUCUUGUUGAAUGGAUAACGAAUCGUUGUCGAAGAGGGGACCUCAGAUCCUCUGUGAACAAAUUAGUCCUCUCCACGGCCAUCAACAGAAUUUGGCAAGAAUGCAACAGAAUCUUCACAAGCCAAAGAUGCUCACAGAAUGCAAUCUUUAGGCAAAUCACAGACAUGGUGCGCCAAAAGUUGCUAUCUAUUAAGCAUGUUUUUCAUCCAGAUUGUAUCGUUCCGUGGCUUAGUAGGAGCAAUUCGUGUCCCUUGUGUCGGUACAAGUUACCGGCGGAGUUGAGAUUGGGGGAUGUGCAUGUGGAGGGGUGGGGUGAGGAUCAGGAGAGUGGUUUUCAUGAUGCAAUGUUAAGGAAUGGGUUUGUUCAGGCAAGGAUGCGGUCGUCUUCGUCGUGUAACGGGCAGAUUGGGAGUGGUUUGGAGGCGGCUGGAAAUAGUGAGGACUCGGUUUCAAGCCCUUUGGUGCAAAGGAAGAGUGAUGCUACAGUCUUUUUGUAUAUGUACUGUCUCUUUGGAAAGUCUCUUCUGGUUAAUUCACUUCAAUUAUCCCGAACAAGAUGCAAAUUUGGACCUGAAGACAACACUACUAUCACUCUGCAGUCUGCAUGGGUCUUUCUCUAUAGUUGAGCAGCAGAUAAAAUUCGAAUAUAAUUGAUUCACCUCUGAAUAAAAUUCAAAGUCAUCCAUACAGAUUGAGCAGGAUCUAGGGCAAGAAUUGGAUGAAGAAACAGCAAAAAAUUUGAGGAUUGGUAGCGAAUCGAUGCAAUCGACGAUGGAGUUCAAGUGGUCUUCGUCGUCGAUGUAGUUGGAGGUGUGGAAUUGGUGGGUUCGGGUAGGGUUUGGAGGGUGAGAACCGUGUCUUGAGAUAGAAAUUCGUAUAUGUGGAGUAGGGUUUGGUCUGGUAGUGGCGGAGCCGCCGUUGAUGGUGGUGAUGGUGGAACGACAAGUAAUGGUUAUAUUGACGUGUCUUUUACUUCUUGAUUUCAUGUGUGUACAUAUAAGUUAUUGGAAAAGUCUUUUUAGCUAUUUUAGCCAUUUACGCUUUUGGAUGUAAAUGUCCUCUUCUAAUAUCAAAUAUAAAGAAAUUUUUUCUUGCUCA